AUGGCUAUCCCCCGCGGGAAGGACGUGACGGGCGUGAUGAACGUGACUCUCGUCCCAACCCUGACGCUCGUGACUCUCGCGAAGGGUCGGUUGGGCAACGAUGGCGUCGGUAGCAGGGGCAUUCCGCCGGGGAAGGCUCAGCGCGUGAUCGCAAUCGCGAUCGGGAGCCUCGAGCCGCUCAGGUCGAGCAUGACAAAGACGAGCGUAGCCCGAUUGCUGGUUUUACAUUGGCGCAAUGGGAGCAACUCAAGCAAUUUUUUGGAUAUCAAUAUAAGGGUGUUGAAGACCCCUCAGCUCACUUAG